AAAUUUUCUAGGUAUCAUUGUAGAUGAAAAUUUAUCAUGGAAGAAUCACAUCGGACAUUUAUGCAACAAAACUGCAAAAAUUGUAUUUAUAAUUUAAAUAUAAUAAUUUACGUUAUAGGAAAACAAAUGGCUUCUCGUUUUUUACUAUUUGCAACUGUUGGAAUUAACUUGAUUUAUAGAACUUUAUGUUUAAACGAAACCGUUUUUGAUAAGCCUUGUAAAGCGCAAACAAGUGGUAGAAAUAAAAUUUUUAUUGUUUUGUUGAUUUUAAUUUUUAUUGCAGGUGUUUUGGGUAACACCUUGUCAAUAAUUGUUAUCACCCUAUCACCAAUAUUGCGCCAACAAAAAACAAAUACUUACGUUAUAUCUUUAGCAUUAAGUGAUUUAGCAACAAUUCUCUUUACUAUACCUUUAAAAAUUAAUCAACAUAUCCACAAUCAGAGUUUUUGUUUUAAUUUAAUGGUUUGUAAAUUACAAAGUAUCACAGAUGUUGUAACUAAUAUUGCAUCAGUGACGCAUUUAUUUGUUAUAUCUUUAGACCGAUUUAUUUCAAUAUCGUCGCCGUUUUUCUACCACAACUUAAAUAAAAAUAUACCAUUGAUUUUUGUGCUAUGUAUAUGGUUGUAUACAACAGCGUGGACUUCGUUGGGCGUGUUUAACUGGCAAGAUCCAAAAAACGCAACAUUUACCAUCAAUAAAUAUAGUAAUACUUUAAUUUGCAUAUAUAACAACGACAUUUAUUUUCUUUGUUUAUUUUUAAUUGCAACUAUCUUACCAUUAAUUAUUAUGGCUGUCUUCUACACAACCAUAAUGAAAAUUGCGCUAAAGCAUGUUCGAACAAUUGCAACGUUGGUUCCAGCAGAUUUGAAAAACGCAACUAAAUUUAUGGGAGAAAAAAGAAAACAAGAAAUAAAAAUAACCAAAACUUUAGCGAUCGUUUAUGGAGCCUUCGCAAUUUGUUAUUUGCCGGUUACGGUUAUUGCAAUAUCGUCUAUUUUGUGCCCAAAGUGUUAUGAGCAGUUUCGUGAAAACAAUGAAAUAUUAUUCUUAAUAAUUGUAGCAAUUUUUAUCGAAAUUCUUCCUAAUGUAAACUUAUGCAUCAAUCCGUUUAUUUAUGUCAUAUUUAACGAACAAUUCAGAAAAAAGACUAAAGCAUUGGCAUUUAAACUCCUAAAACAACCAUAUCUUGAGGGACAAUCAUUGCGCACAUUAAGCAAACGAUAUGAAAAUAAUUAAUCAUUUUAGCUAUCAGAAAAAAAUUUCAGAAAAAUUAUUCGCCAUUGAUUGGAAGACAAAAUUUUUAGAAAAAAAAUAUAUAUUUAAGAAGCAGUUUGAUAAAAAGAUUUC